CAAGGCAAAUUCGUCUUUUCUGCUUCUUCCAUCAAACAAAAUAACUUCUCAAGUCCUCAGCCGCCACCACCACCUUUCCACCCUCCCUCUUCCUCUAGUCUCGGAUUUCCUUCCUCUUUAUGUAACAUUAGUGUCUUCUUUAUUGCGCCCUCUUUCCGUCAUCAUGGAUAUGGAUCAUCUCAUCGGGCAGCGUUUCAACCUCAUCUCAAAAAGUGAAAUUCGCUAUGUCGGUACUCUCCACGAGAUAAAUCCUGAACAGUCCACAAUUGCCUUGGAAAAUGUCUUCUCCUUUGGUACCGAAGACCGUAAAGUCGAAAAAUUCAUCCCUCCCUCACAACAGAAAUAUGGCUUCAUUGUCUUUCGCGGAAGCGACGUCAAGGAUAUCAAGAUUGCUGAAGAUGAACCGUUACAACCGUCGCCUCCUCAGAGCAUGCCGAAUGACCCUGCCAUCUUGAAUGCGUCGCGACCGGGUCCUCCUCCACCAGGCCUUCCACGCGAUGGUCCUUUUUCUCCUCCAGAAUACCCUCACCCUCCUCCUUUUGGUGGUUACUACCCUCCCAAUCAAUUCGGUAGAGGCUAUGGCCCGCCGCCGGGAGCCUUUGGCCCUGGCCCCGGAUUCCCACCUUAUGGGCCUCCGCCUCCUGGGUAUUUUGGCCCUCCUCCUCCCGGCCAGGGUUUCCCGCCAGGGCCUGGCCCUCACCCCUUUCCACAACACUCUCAACCUCCGAUCGGUCCUCCAGGGCUGCGCGGCAAUGUACCGCCACCUGCUCCACAGUCACAACCUCCCCCUGACUCCGCUGCGCCCGCAGUACCACCUGCUUCGAACUUGACGUCCGAACUGCCGGGUAGUAAUAAGGCCCCAGAAUCAACUUCUUCUCCUCCUCUCCCCAAGGAAACACAACCCUCCACGUCGCUUUCGUCACAAUUGUCUCAUGCCCAGGUCGCUGCUAAGGCUGCUCCAACAGCUGCUCCUGCGCCAGCAGCAGCAGCGGCUGCGGUGGUGGCGCCUCCCAAAGCUGUCCCUACAGGGCCAAAGAACAACCGUGUCACUCCCGCAGUCCCUCUCACAGUGAACCAGAAAUCCUUCACACCCCCAGUUCCCGUGGCGCCGGAGAUUUCGGCAACGAAUGGCGCCGGUGCGAAACCCCACAAACCUGCGCCCUCGCAAGCUGCCAUGGAUGAGGCAGCGCGACAAGCAAAGGAAGCCGUGGCAGCAGCCAUGGCAAAAUUGAACCCUCAGGCAGCUGCGGCACAGACCAAACAGACCCCUUCAACAGCAGCCGUAGAUGCUCUGACAAAAAAGGUGGCAGAAAUGUCUACGUCAACCACGAGCAACGGGGCGGCGCGUGGGGGUAGGGGAGGGUUCAGAGGUGGGCGAGGAAGCAAUUACCACCGUGGCGGUGGCCAGAAGAAGAUGGAAAUCCCCAAGUCCGACUUUGACUUUGAAUCCGCCAAUGCGAAGUUCAACAAGGAGGACCUCAUCAAAGAAGCGAUUGCUUCAGGAUCACCCCUUGAAGAAAAUCCAGUACCGGAAGAAGACAUCGGAGAAACAGGGAAACCCACUCCGACGAGAAAAGACAGCCUCCCCACGGCUGGCCCUGCGUACAACAGAUCAACUUCGUUCUUUGACAACAUCUCAUCGGAAGCCAAGGACCGAGAAGAAGGCAACGACGGCCGCGCGCAUGGCAGACAGGUGCGAAGCGAAGAGUUCAAGAAAAACAUCGAGACGUUUGGGCAAGGGAAUGUUGAUGGAGGUUACCGCGGGCGCGGCCGAGGAGGUGGGUAUGGUCGCGGAAGACAAUACGGUGGGACAUAUCGAGGCGGUUAUAACAACCGUGGAUAUGGUGGAUACAAUUAUCGUGGCAAUCGGGGACGAGGCGGGCAGGGACAGGGACAAGGGCAGACACAGGUCCAGACUGGUCAAGCUGCUGCGCAGAACUAGAUCACAAGGACCGUCUCUUUUUCUUUUCUCAUCAUACAUGCUACGAAAGGGCGGCACAAAUGUUAUCACCACGUCUUGAGUUGUUAAGCAUUGUCAUGCCUCGCAGGGGAGUUGGGAAGGAUCUGGACUAGGACGAUCAUGGAUCCAGAUGGGAGGAACGCACUCUUCACAGCGGGACGGGAUGGUAUGCAUGCUGAAAUGAAGAUAUGCUGGUCAUGGCUGUGAUCAUGAGUGAAACGCCGCUUCAUGAAGGACGAGUGGCGGCCGGGUCAGUUGGUUAACACCAGCAAUUCAAGCCAUGUAUGGAGCGAGAUGGAUUUUGCUGCGAUUGAUUGAUUGCAUGGCUGCCCGAGGGGGAUACAGCCUGAUAUGGACUCUGCAGAAGACCAAUCGAAACCCAAGCUGAAGUGGCCUGGACUGAUUACACAUGCAAAUUGCACCCUUGGCCCGCCUUUCCUGCUUCGUAUAUUGCACUCUGCGAAGCGCAAUUGCGGCUUAGUGAGCUUGUCAGCCCAGCGGACUCGGGGCGGGCACAAUAACGUGUUCGCUGUCGCCAGAAUGAAUGUUCUUUGGC